AUGUUUGCGUUGGAAUUCCUUUACCAGUACGCUAGAACAAGGUCUACUUUUAAAACUUUAAUAGAUGCUCUUCAAUCAUUUGUGGAAGCUUCAAAUAACGGGGCCAGAGAAGGUGCCGGAAAGACAAGGCAAAUAGACCCUCUAGUAGAAAGUGGUUCUUAUUCCGUGAAGCGGGAACUUUAA